AUGGACCUCAAGGUUGAUAGCGUGCUAAAUCGGUUACCCAGUAACUGCUGGAGGAACAUCCUGGACCUUCUUCCAGUGCGCGAUCUAAUAUCAGUCUCUCGUACAUCUGUAGAGCUGAAUGCAUCCGCAGAACCGCUGCUUUAUCGCAGCAUCUCGUGGGAAUGGGACAACGUGCCCAUUCGGCGGAUUCUGCAGCUUUUGCGGGCGGCUUGGCAGCGUCCAGAGCGAUUGCUAUAUGUGCGGCAUGUAAGCUGGCUGUCUUCGGACCAGAUGGGGGAAUGGACAGUUUCGGAACUCAAUGCAGACUGGAGUCAGGAGAAGGCCGAUUAUACAGAUGUUAUCCAACGCGCUCAAGCCAUUGUGGACAAGGCUGAAUUUCCAGACGCGUCCAAAUGGCACCAGGCUUUGGCCGAUGGGGAUGCUUAUGCGUUUGCCACGAUCUUGUUGUCUCAGAUGCAUAAUCUCCAGUCUCUCCGUCUUGACUAUACGUUUGUCUGGAGGUCCGGGUAUCCGGGGUUAAUGCUGAAGCAUGCUCUCUUCUCGGCGCCAGAAGGAUUACUAUCCAAGUUUAACGACCCGGAAACAGUUGACUAUGGCACUAAUGUUCCUGAGGGCGAGUAUAUAUCACAUUUCUCGCAGAUCGACAAAACAGACGGUUACCCGAGCUGCGAUCCGAAUCAGUUCAUGACGUGGUUCCGUCUUCCAUCGGUAAAGUCCCUAGGACUCUGGACCCAGAGCCUUCAAGAGGUGGUGCCAGCCCCACAGCCGCUUCAUCUUGACCGACUCCACAUAUUAGUCCUCACCAGAUCAACGAUCAAGGAAAAAGAAAUCCCAGGUCUUCUGUCUCAGACCCCAAAUCUCAGGACGCUUCACUUGGGCCUGGCGCAUCUUUGGGGAAAGAGUUGUCCCCUACGUAAUGGAGCUGCUGUUCUCCAAGGUCUACAUUCUGUUAGCAGGACGAUCGAGGUGCUUUCGUUUUAUUUUGAAUACUACCUAGCCAGUCGUGGAGAAUACUAUUUUGAUGAGGAUGACGCCAAACUGAGGGAGCCCUUUAGACAUUUUCUCCUGCAAGUCCCUAGGCUCCGGUCUGUGGAAGUGCCCAUUACUAUGCUCUUGGGCACAGAUCCAGCGACGGCGGUUGAUAUCCGCACAGUCCUACCUAGUACCGUACAGCAACUGUGCCUGCAAUGGGACUUUUCAGGGCAAAUCGUUAUCCGUGUCUGGGAUUUGGAAGAAGAAGAUUAUCUCCAAGAAGAAGCAGAUUUGAAAGAAACUUGCAAACAGGCGGGAAUUGACCUGACAGUUGUGUCUGAUGAACUCUCCCCGGGCCUAUGGACGCAAUUCCUUCUAGGAAUUAGCAGGACAGCCUUCCCUAGAAAUGCGCCUUGA